AUCCAGAGCAAGACAUCUCAGACAAGUUCCAAGUCCAAGUUAAAGCAACACAUUAUUUCGUUCAUCUUAAGCACAUCUGCCUUACCCCUAUUCAUCCAACAUGGCCAAGUUCUCUACCAUCACUCUCGCCCUCCUCGGCGUCAUCUCCCAGGCCCGCGCUCAGUGUGUCGGCCCCGCCGUCAACGCCGCCAGCAUCAACCUGAUCAAGGAGUUUGAGGGUUGGUACCCCGACAUCUACAUCGACCCGGCCGGCUAUCCCACCGUUGGUUAUGGCCACCUCUGCGCCGACGCCAGCUGCUCCGACGUGCCUUACGCCAUUCCGCUGUCCGAGGCGGACGGCGAGAAUCUGCUCCGCGACGACGUUGCCCGCUUCCAAAACUGCAUCACCCUGCAGACCGCCUCCUCGGUCGUCCUCAACGCCAACCAGUACGGCGCCCUCGUCUCGUGGGCCUUCAACGUCGGCUGCGGCGCCUCCGAGACCUCGUCCCUCAUGCUCCGCCUCAACGGCGGCGAGGACCCCAACACGGUCGCCGCCGAGGAGCUGCCCCGCUGGAACCAGGGUGGCGGCCAGGUCCUGCCCGGUCUUGUCCGUCGUCGUGCUGCCGAGGUUGAGCUGCAUCAGACGCCUACUGACGAGCCUGCCCUGCCUGCUUGCUCUUAAGGUUUCGCUGGAUUCGUGAGGGUUGGAGGACUAGGAUGCCAGGAUAGGGGUGUGGUAUGUAUGGUAGUGGACCUAAGUGGUUUGGAUAGGCAGAGAGUAGUUGUUGUAAUCUCAGACCUCAGUGUGGUCUCGUGUAUGAAUGAGAUGGUUCAAAACUCGAUAUGUUUCAAAAAAAGAACACUG